AUGAGUAUUUGUAAAUCAAUUUAUAGUGGUAUUGUAAAUUCGAUUAGAUUCUACAAUUUACCACAUGCUCCUGUAUAUCGCGCACUUUCCUAUAAGAGUGCAAUAUCCCUUGAAAGCUUGUACCCAAAUAGUAGUCUGAAGAUCACCGACCCAAAACUUCCCUCAAACGACCAAACCUUCACUGGUUAUAUCCCUGUAGAAGACUUAGAAAUAACCUACUCCAGAAGUUCGGGGCCCGGAGGUCAAAAUGUAAACAAAGUCAACACAAAAGUCGAUAUACGAUUCCACGUUCAAUCGGCCAAAUGGCUUAAUGAAGAAGCUAAACAGAAACUUUUAGAAAAGUUCGAUACAAAACUCACCAAAGACGGGUACUUACUCUUCAAAUCGGACAUAACGAGAUCCCAACAAUUAAACCUGGCCGAUUGUUUAGAGAAAAUUCGUAAAGCUAUCCGAAGUGCACUGGUAGUCAAGCCAGAACCGUCUCCGGAAAGCGAAGAGCGCGCUCGCAGGCGAUUAGAAAUGGCCUCUAAGAAAAGAUUAAUGAUUAAAAGAGAAAGAUCACAAAUCAAACAGGAUAGGAAUGACUCUAAUAUAGCAUUAAACUAG